CCUGCGAGAGAGCUGUCUGCAUUCCUGCCAUACACACACAACACUCACACAAACACACACACACAAAGACAUAGCCAAACACGCCCUCACUUUCUCCCCAAGCAGGAAGAACCCUAAGGUAAACAGAGCAGUGGCGGGAUUGUGGGCCUGUCACUCAGCAGCCAACCCGGACCUCAUCCCCACUUACCCUGCAGUCUCAUCAUGAGCUCGGCUGGCAGUGAUGCAGGCGACGGGGGUCUGGGGGCCCCGCAGACGAAGACCCCCGGGGAGAAGGCCUCGGGGCCCGUGAGCGCAGACGGCUCGGGGUGGACGAGGGCCAGCUGCACGUGCUGCGCGGGGGGCCCCGUGGAGCCCCUGGUGCUGCUGCAGCUCAGAGCGGGGCUCCCGAGAGAGACCAAGGACUGGGUCAUCACCCUCAUAGCCACCGCCGUGAAACAAGGAGGUGCAGGCUUGUCCGCCCACCCGGGGGAGGAGCCUAGCGGUGACAUCAUCGUGGUGUCGGCGCCGCGGUGCACGCUGCUGCGGGCGGCGGAGGAGCUGGGUCUGUGCAAGCCCUACCGCACGGGGGACAUGACGGCCUUCUCCUACCACGACAGGAGCAACUUCAGGGACGCCGACGACGUGCAGGUCUUCCUGACCCUGGCUGAGAGACAGUACAUAGUGAAGUACGAGCUGGAGGGCCUGCGAGCUCAGAGGGACCUCAAGAUACCCGGACUCCCAGAGGGGCGCCUUCUGCAACGCCGGGAUAACAUCUGGCAGAAGCUGAAGGCGGUGGGCGUGGUCCAGGGCAUGUUCCCCCUGAAUGACGAGGACAAACUCAAGGCUCUAAGUGACUGCUGGUACUCUGGGAACCAGUUGACUCAGCCUCUGGACAAGAUCCACGCCUACUUCGGCGGUACCGUAGCGUUCUACUUCAGCUUCCUGGACUUCUACACCUGGUCUCUGCUCCCUCCCGCCAUUCUGGGGAUGAUCCUCACAGUCUUCUCCGGGAGCGUCAACAAGGAGGCCAUGGACUCCAUCUCAGACUCCAAGGUCGCCACGGGCGACGGGGACGACGACGACGACCAGACGGUCAGCGGUCACAUGAUCCAGGCGGUGUUCAGCAUGCUGUGGUCCACGGUCGUCAUAGAGAUGUGGAAGCGCCGCAGCACCCUGCUGGCGUACCGCUGGGGCACCAUGCAGCUGGCCGAGCGCUUCUCCGAGCCCCGCCCCGCCUACCACGGCGCCCUGGGGGUGAACCCCGUGACGGGCCGCGUGGAGCCGCUGUUCCCCGCCUGGCAGCGGGAGCUGCGGAUGGCGCUGGUGUCGGUGCCCGCGGUGGGGCUGUUCCUGGGCCUGGUGGUGAUGGGGAUGCUCGGUUUCUACUGGGGGGAGGCCCAGGCCCAGAGCCUCCACGCUGAGUGGGACUCGCUGCUGUCCAGCGUGGUGCUCUACCUGCCCUCCGUGGCCCACAUCGUCUACACCAACGCCCUGGGGACGGCCUACAGGCAGGUGGCGCUGGCGCUCACAGAGUUCGAGAACCACAGGGAGGAGUCGGCCUACAACGAUCACCUCACAGGCAAGAUCCUCGUGUUCACCUUCUUCAACUACUUUGCCGUGCUCUUCCAUAUCGCCUUCUACAAGCAGGACCUGCCGCUACUCCGCAAGCGCCUGGCCUCCCUGCUGAUCAUCACCCAGCUGGUGAACCAGGUGACGGAGGUGGUGAUCCCCUUCCUGGUCGACCGCUUCCUCAGUGCGCCCAAGAGGAAGGAGAAGAAGGAGGACCCUCAGGAGGACAAGUUCAGGAACCAGAGCAGCCUUCCUGAUUUCCCUGGCCUGUUCUCGGAGUACAUUGAGCUGCUGGUGCAGUUCGGCUACUUCAGCCUGUUCUCCUGCGUCUACCCGCUCACCGCCGUGCUGCUGCUCAUCAACAACCUGACGGAGAUCCGUUCCGACGCCUACAAGAUGUGCAAGCUGUUCAAGAAGCCCUUCUCGGCCCCCGUGGCGGGCAUGGGGGUGUGGCAGACAGCGUUUGAGGUCUUGAGCUUCGUGUCGGUCAUCUCCAACUGCUGGUUGCUGCUUCUGUCGCCACGGUUACAGGAGCUGGGCCAUGAGAGCGGCGUCACUGGGACCAAUGUCGUGCUGGUGGCCGUCCUGAUGGAGCAUCUUCUGAUUAUGGUCAAGAUGGUUCUGGCCAAACUGAUCCCUGAUGAACCGGACUGGAUCCGAGUUAAACGAGAGCAGAACGAGUUCAUAUCAAUGCAGGCCUUAGGACAGCAGAAACAGUGAAGGGGAUUGUGGAGAGAAUGGGGCAGGCCUGUGUUUGGAGCUUCAGUGCUGCAUUCACUCUCAUCCAGUCCUGCGUAGCUAGGCAACCCGUUGAGUAUCACUUCACAGAGAGCAGACUAUAUGCCCUUAUUAUAUCCUUCUGUCAGCUAGCAGUGCUUCAGGGCUAACCCCAGGCAAAUUCUCACACGCACGGCGGCAGGAGAAACUCGACAUGGGGGCAUCUGAAGUGACAGAGGGGGGGGGGCACCACUAUUUUUCACUUGCUGAUAACCCAGGAGGGAUCAUAACCGCUGGUACAAUUACUCGCAAUGCAUUUGCAUUUAUUUUGCAGUCGGUUGAAUUGACCCCGCCCUUCUAUCCGGAAGGCCAGUAACAAUUUGUUUUUUUGGAGUUGUGUGAACGAAGCACUCUGACGCAACACAUGGGUCGAGCAUGACGGAUGGGUCAAGGUGAAAAUACGGGAUAGGAGAUAUGGAUACAAAACUAAGGGGGGAGGCCAUGUUUUAAGGGACAGGCAUUGCAGCCUUCUGGCCCCUUGGUGACGCCGGCCGGAGCUCCAGUCCCAAGUGGGUCCCCAAGAGCAGCUGGGGGCUAUGCAAAAGGCGUUCAGCGUUCACAGACACCCUCUGUGACGCUCGCCUGGUGUGGGUAGUGCAUCUUUAUUCCAAGAGGACUUUUUAUGUGUUUUGAUUUUGAUUUGUACGGGUGGCUGUUGAGGCCCUGUGGAGACUGUUACGCUUCGCUCUGUAACGGACUGCUUUAAAUGCUACUAAUUGAUGAUAGUGGUACUUCCUAUUUUUCGAGUUAAGGUAGAGCGCGUCAUUUAGCGGCCGUAGCGCAUGGCUUUCAUAUCCGGGUGCUGUUAGUGUCUAGAAGGUCCUGGUCCAUAUUGUGUGAGCGGAUGCUAGUGCAGAAUGACCUCACUACAAGGUGGCGUGUUGAACUACGUGGAUGUUAAUGAAUUUAAUAAAUUUAAGAAAAACUGAAUUUGACCCUGAAUUUGUGUUAAAGAAAAGAACAAUGGGUUGAAUAUUACCUGCUGAAUAAUUGUAUUUUUUAAAAGAUUGUUUUUUAAAAACAAAAUUCAACAACAAGCUUCAAUGGAGAAAAAAUUCCGGCUCACCUAAUUCACCAUGCCAUUUUGCAUUCAGGACAUUUUACAUACUUACAUAAUAUUGUUUGAUUCACACCUAGGCAUUGUAAUUUCCAGAAGCCUUAAAGUAUUGAUAAUGGUGCUGUGUUUCUUUUUUCAUGUGAUUCAUCACGGUUUGCUCGUCCAUAAAUACGCAUUAUCUGCUUGAUGUACUCUUAAAUCAAUGUGGCUAAAAUCCCCUUAACUCUCAUAAUUAACUCAUAUACCACCUCACCAUACCACUUUCCUGGAAAAACAAUGUCAUAGAUUUCACUAGACAUCGAUAAAGAAGAAAUCCCCAAGGAAGUAGAUCCGAUUCCUUAUUUAACCAACAUGUAGAAGCUGUGGAUCUGAGAUCACACAGAGCAACCAAAGAAUUGUGCCUUUUAUGAAUGUGUUGUUUUACCAUAUAUAUUUAUACUUUUUCACGCGUUGUUUGCCUUAAACAGAUACUGUACUUGAAUGAGGUGGUGUUACACUUGCUUACGAAUGUUAUUUAAUGAUUGACUGCAGGCAUAUUGUGAUAAUAUAUAAGUCAAACAGGCAGAGCGGAGAUGGACUGACGUUACAUCCAGGGAUCCUACCAUCUGAAAACUGCCCCUGGGCAAGGCACUAAAGAGAAACAGGUUCUAUUCCCAGGCUGACCCUGACUUCUCGUGUGCGUCACGUUAUGCAGUAAUACCCUUUUUGUUUGUUGAGAGUGAUGACCAAAUAUAUACUAUUCAUAGGCUUUUGUACAUUUACAAUAAACAUGGCUUACUUCUCCUUGAAAAUUCCAAGUUUACCUUCU